CCGAAGGAGAGGUUGCGUAGCAACGUGUGUUGCUCCCUAGCCCAGGCUGCGGUGGCGGAGGACUGGCGAUGCCCAAGAACUCGGUGGUCAUCCUGCGCUACGGGCCCUACAGCGCGGCAGGCCUGUCAGUGGAGCACUACACCUUCCGCCUGCAGGGCCUACAAGCUGUGUUGGCCAAAGAUGGACACGAGGUCAUCCUAGAGAAGAUAGAAGACUGGAAUGUGGUGGAACUCAUGGUGAAUGAAGACGUUGUCUUCCACUGCAACAUUAAGGACCUGGAAUUUGGAGGUGACGGUACACUAGACCCACUAUGCGAAAAGGCCCGGAUAGCUGUGCUGAACACCUACUGAUCUCCUCGUGGAACAAGCAUCUUCAAUUGGCAGAACAGCAGCUGCCCCAGCCAUUCUAUAAUGCAGGCAGAAGUGGCUGUGCUGGGGUGUGGACACUGGGCUCUACUAGUGAGAACAGGGUAACUCUGGCCUGACUUCUAGCCUACACAUCCUCAGGGUUCUCACCUGGCUGCACAGGAGUCCACAGAAAUAAUGAAAACCACGUAUUUGUAGCAUCUCUCAAUCUCAACCCAUUGGGAGAGUCCUCCAAUAUCAGAUACACAUUGAGCUGAAGGAAAUAAUAAAAUGCAAUUAAAUAGCAAGGUGGCAUCCCUUACUAAUAACACGUAGUUGCCAGAAGCAUCUGAGAUUUCAUUGUUUAGUACUCGAAGAGCUCAGAACAGGUAAAAUUAAAGAGAAGUUUGGGGAAGGGUGGGAAUAAAGGCUUUUGACAGUCUGAACCAAAAGCAAAUGAUAAUAUUUGGAAACCUUGCUAUUCCUACAGAUUUAUUUCUGGCUCCUGAGGGAAUAAAUAUUUUAAAUUGCUAAUAUAAAAUUAGCUGAAAUCAAAUCUUCAGUUAUUCUCAUCUAAAACAAGAAAAUGACCUGUCUUCUUUUGCAUCAAGAUUGUCUAAGGAGGGCAUGAUAGAGUCCUCAGCAGAAUGUGAGAUGGCUCCCUGGUCCCUCUGGAGGAGAACACAGCCCCAUAGAGUUAGAGGGUUUUCUCUAUGUUCAGUGUGAAAAUCAGUUAUUUUUACUUUCUAGUCUUAUGCACCAAAGCAUAGUAUAUAUAUUUUUUAUUUGAGACAGAGUCUUGCUCUGUUGCCAGGCACCAGGCUGGAGUUCAGUGGCACGAUCUUGGCUCACUGCAACCUCCACCUCCUGGGUUCAAGCAAUUCUCCUGCCUCCGCCUCCCGAAUAGCUGGGACUACAGGCACACGCCACCAAGCCCAACUAAUUUUUGUAUUUUUAGCAGAGAGAGGUUUCACCAUUUUGGCCAGGAUGGUCUCUAUCUCUUGACCUUGUGAUGCGCCCAUCUCGGCCUCCCAAAGUGCUGGGAUUACAAGCGUGAGCCACCAUGCCUGGCCCUAUAUUCUUAACUCUAGUGUAACAAAGAGGGGGAAAUGCAGAUACAUCAAAUGGGAGGUCAUGAUAAGAAGGCCUCACACCUAUGGACGAAAGCCAGAUUCCCUAACAGAAGACUCUGGACCCGGAGCACCUGUGCUGAAGGAGCAGGGCCUUUAGGAUCCCUCCGAGAGCUGCGGCCUCACCCCUAUGAGAGCAAGCCUAACCAUCCCCCCAGGCAGCCUCAACCCCUUCUGCACCUGAGAACUUCAAAGGCCACCAGGGACCAUGAAAUUGCUUGCACAGGUUCUUUGUCACAUGUGACAAAAUAGAGGGUCUAAUUUAAAAACCUCAGCCCAAGCUACACUUGUCAGAGUUGAUUCAGGGAUUGAAUCAACUAUUUAAUUGAUGCAAUUAAUUAAAUUGAAUCAUAUUUAAGCAUCUCCUUAUUGAGAAACUGAGGCUCAAAAAAGAUUCUUCCAGUGUCUGGUACCACUUUUCACAUAUCUUUUGUAACCCUAGAUUUAGUCCUUUUUGUCAAAGACCAGUUUAAGUUACUAUAGAUGCAGCAUUCAAUCUUUGUUUCAGUAUAACAUUUUACUACAACAGAAAUCCAUUCUCAUUAAAGAAAAAUGGAAAAAUACACGUAAAAAUAAAGUACAACUUUAAUAACAU